UUCCGACCCGGGGCCGCUGUGGGCAAGGGUCUCAGUAUUCUUCAGCCAUGGCCUCGGAGAAGCCGCUUGUGGCGGUGACCUGCACCGCGCCGGUCAACAUCGCGGUCAUCAAGUACUGGGGGAAGCGAGAUGAGGAGUUGAUCCUGCCCAUCAACUCCUCUCUGAGUGUCACUUUGCACCAGGACCAGUUAAAAACCACUACGACAGCUGUCAUUAGCAAGGACUUCACCGAGGACCGGAUUUGGCUUAAUGGCCGGGAGGAAGAUAUAGGGCAGCCGCGCAUCCAGGCCUGCCUGAGGGAGAUCCGUCGCCUGGCCCGAAAGCGGAGGAGUGAUGAGGAAGAGGACCCGCCACCCCUCAGCCUCAGCUAUAAGGUUCACAUCGCAUCGGUGAACAACUUCCCCACAGCCGCAGGCCUGGCCUCCUCAGCUGCAGGCUAUGCCUGCCUAGCCUAUUCCCUGGCCCAAGUCUACGGGGUGGAGAGUGACCUUUCGGAAGUGGCUCGCCGGGGCUCAGGCAGCGCCUGCCGGAGCCUAUACGGUGGCUUCGUGGAGUGGCAGAUGGGGGAGCAGGCUGACGGGAAGGACAGCGUCGCCCGGCAAGUGGCCCCUGAAUCACACUGGCCCGAACUCCGAGUCCUCAUCCUUGUGGUGAGUGCCGAGAAGAAGCUGACUGGCAGCACGGUGGGCAUGCAGACCAGCGUGGAGACCAGCCCCCUACUCAAGUUCCGGGCUGAGGCGGUGGUGCCGGCGCGCAUGGCAGAGAUGAUCCGCCACAUCAAAGAGAGAAACUUCCAGGGCUUUGGCCAGCUGACCAUGAAGGACAGCAACCAGUUCCAUGCCACCUGCCUGGACACCUUCCCGCCCAUCUCUUACCUCAGCGACAUUUCCAGGCGUGUCAUCCAUCUGGUGCACCGCUUCAAUGCACACCACGGGCAGACCAAGGUGGCGUACACAUUUGAUGCAGGCCCCAACGCCGUGAUCUUUACCCUGGAUGACACUGUGGCUGAGUUUGUGGCUGCCGUGAGGCACAGCUUCCCCCCCGGGUCAAAUGGAGACAAGUUUCUGAAGGGGCUGCCCGUGAGGCCUGCCCCGCUCUCAGAGGAGCUUAAAGCUGCACUGGGCGUGGAGCCCACCCCCAGCGGCAUCAGAUACAUCAUUGUCACUCAGGUGGGGCCCGGGCCUCAAAUCUUGGACCACCCUCAUGCUCACCUGCUGGGCCCUGACGGCCUGCCGAAGCCAAUGCCUUGACUGCCUCCUCUACCGGAGCCCUGGCUGCCACUUGGAGAAGGGGCUGCUUUUCUGGGACUGGGGAGCUGGGUGUGGCGGCAGCUGUGCCGUGCUUGGUGGGGCUGGUGGGACUGAGUGGGAGCAGUGGAGUGACCACCUGCAGGCUCCCAGGUGGCCAGGAGCAGGCCCCCCACCAAAUGCCUCACCUUUCACACCUGUGCUGUGCUGAGAUGAGGGCUGGGGUAGGAUGUGGGACCUGGUGGACCCAGCUGGUAGGGGUGAGCUGUUGAUGGAUCCCCAUGAAGGAUCCCUGACCCUGAGCUCUGGGGCCACUCCCAUUGCCCAGAACAGGAGCUGUUUCACCUGAGAUGAUGGGAAGUUGGCGUCCCUCUUUGGAGCCGCAGGAGUGGUCACUGUUCAGGAACUAACCUCUGCAAGUUCAGGGUCCCUCUACAAAGUGCUUUUGAGUAUGAAUGACAGUCAUCCUAGCUCCUCUGAGAGCUCAGGCCACUGGGUAUGGUUAGAAUGUUUCUUCAUGAAAAGACCAGGAGUGUGUCUCUGUGGGAGGCGGGAGAACAGCUCAAGAUGCCUUGUCACAAGGAGCCCUGUCAACUGGCCACUGGGAAUAAAGCCAGAGUU